GUAAAUCCCAGAUCCGGAGAGCCGGGAGUCUAACAGUGACCUCGGCGCCUGCCAAACCCUGCGGCCCUUGAUAACCUAUAGGACACUUAAUAUAUUCCUGUUGUCUACCCUGCGCGCACGUGCCCUUGCUGUUUACCCCGCUUAACGUGCCCCGUGCUGUCUACCCGCUUGCCGCUUGCCGGAUCCCCUAUGGUGUACUCACUGAAUGUGCUCUGGCUGUAUAUUCUGUCUCAUGUGCCCCUGCUGGGUGUCCAGCGUGGACACGGUGCUGCCGUGUGACCGCAGUGGACGUGACAGCUUCUGGGCGUGAGGCGUCUGCAGGUGUGUCAACUGGAAGCGGGUGGAACCACAAGCUCGCUGACUUUGCCCCUGCAGACUCUGCUCCCAUCGGGCGGGUUGGCAGCGCCCAGAUAACCAGAGAACCCAGGUUUAGAAGCACCUUUCUCUUCCCGACGAGGACUUGCUCUUAGCACCAGGCCAUGAGGAACACCAGCAAGGAGGUGCAGGGCACCUCUUACCGCUACGCUCCCUGUGAUUGGUAUUACCACCUACCUGUGAAGCGUUCUGAGAAGCCCGUGGGUGCCCCACCAGCAUCCCAGAUCCCAGGGCUCAGUGACUUGAGAGACUCCCCAAAUGUGAAUUUGCCCCGUGCUCGGAGAUACUGGAUAAAAGAAACAGACUCGGAGUAUGUGAAAUUGGCUAAGCAAGGUGGCAGACCUGAUUUGCUGAAGCACUUUACCCCUGGAACCAGGCAAGGUUCCCCAGUAGCCUACUCCCUGCCAGACUGGUAUAUUCACCACAGCAAGCCUCCAACAUCUCACCAGCGAGAAGUCCCUGUGGUCUCCAUUCCAGAUUACAUGGUGUAUGAAGAGUUCAACCCUGAUCAGGCCAAUGGUAGCUAUGAGUCCAGACAAGGCCCCUUUGACUUUGACAGGAAAACAAUUUGGCAAAGAGAGGCUGAGGAACUUGAAAAUGUGAAGAGAAAGGUGAAACUGCCAGCUAUUAAUUCCAAGAAUCCCAGCAAAGCAGGGACCCCAGUUAGCCACAAAGACCCUGAAAGGAACAGACUGUCAUUGCCUCCUAUGCCUGGUCCAAAAACCGGUUCACCCACAAACUUUUCCAAACUUAUCAGCAACGGCUACAAGGAUGAGUGGUUACAGCAGCAGAAGGCUGAUCCUGACAGGAGGACUCCAAAGACCUCCAGGGCAUCCGUGUCCACUCAGUCCACAGAGGACUCUAAAAGCAACCAGGACACAGAGACGCCUCAAAAUCCAGAGACCCCUGAAGGCUCUGAGAAAACUCCAGAUGCAGAAGCUUCCCCAUCAGAAUCAACGCCAGAGGAGCUCAAAUAACCCUGGAUGUGCUAUCUAGGACACCCUUUUUAGUUGCUAUCUGUAGCGCGACAACGGGCAGCUAUACAGGCUCCCGUUGUUCUAUUUUAUUAAUGUAGAGUCUUAUGGAA